UGUUCCCGAAGACGUCUGUCUCUUCCUUCUUCCAUUCGCUUCUGAAAUUCUCGGCGCGGCGGGCCGGAAGGAAGCCAGGAGCGAGAGGCGGAGGUGCCGGGAGCGAGGAGCGAGAAGCGAGAAGCGGAGGAUCCCGGAGCGAGAGGCGGAGGGGCGCGGCCUGCGAAGUGGCCGCUGCUUCCGCAGCGCAGACCUAGAAAAAUGGGGAGUUUUGUACUUCACAUGGCAAUGAAAUAUCUGGAGUACACACUCGGCCGGGAGGAUGCGGAAGGACAUGUGCUGAAUCUUGCGUUCAGUUCCCAAGUCUUGAACUACCUAGGACGUAUCAGGGUUCCUUUCAGGACUCCACGCAUCCCACAGACCCCACCCCGUGUGCCGCCCGCUCCAUCUCGUCCUGGACUUCCGAUUGUCGUAGGACUAGGCGGUGGUGCCAUACUUCACAAGGCUGGCAGCUUUGUUUGGUCUUAUAGGUGGUGGAUUGGUAUUGGUUUGGGUGUCUGUCUGCUGGGACCCAGUGUCACAAACUAUCUCCGGCGCCGUCGCAGCGACCGCGAGCAGAUUACUGUUAAUCCACAUGCUGUUCACCCAUCUGCAGCAACAGAAGCUUAUAUUUUAGAUGGAUCAGCUAUUCUGUCUGCUUACCUGCAGGAGAUACUACAGAGUGGAAGGUUUCAGGAUCUGGACAUAUGUGAAGCAAAUGCAUUUUUUCAGAAGCACCCAUUUGAAGCUCAAGCUGGCGCACUCUUUUGUGUCCAACACUUGUACCUUCAAGUACGAAACCAUGUUGAUCCUGAAAGUGACCUGGCCAAUUUACUGGAAGUUGCUUCUGAACGUGUUAGAAGAGUGCUGUCACACAACGAGUCAUUGGAACCGGUCAAUUCGGAUUCUUAUUCAUUGUGUGUACAGUCUAAGAAUGGAAAGACUGUAGCUCUUAUAAUCACUGGAAACCUCGGGAUUUUCAAGCAAUGGUAUUGCUGCUCUGGGACUGUCCACAAUGCUAUCGAAAUCAGAAGACCUUUCAGGGAUAUGAGUUACAUGGCUACUAGAAGAUUGCCUCCUGCUUUGCAAUCUAUGUGUACUUCAGACAUUGUAUUUGAAAAUAUUCAAGAGGGGCCAGAGUACAUUAUCCUGGCUGGUUCUACCGUCAUCGAUGUAUUACAAAACUUGAGCCUCGUCGAGUUUGCCUACCAGGGAGUGAGGCCGGGGAUUGAUCUCCGCGACCUGUGUGAGACCCUGCAUGGGCUGAGUGUACCAUCUUCAAGGCCAAGUGAGAACAUUCUGCUUGUCAUCGUACAAUUCAAGGCGCCCCAUCACCCUAUUACCCUGCAGUCCGAUGACAUAGCUCGGCGCAAGGGCAAAGCCCCGAUGGACGGCGGCGAGGGUACAUCUGGGUCGAAAGCCCAGUGAACUUGCAGCAAGGACACCUCACCUGGAGGUCUAACCUACUUGAUGUAUGUUGGAGAGGUGAACUUGGCUAAGAGGGAUUUGUGAGUUAGAAUCUGGGCGCUUUUGUAGGAUCACGAACUCGUGAUUGCCAUUGACCCACUAAACGUCUUGCACGCGUAGUAUGUUCUCAAUUGACCUGCCAACAAACAGGCCAAGCGUAUUAGCCUGAAAAGCAGUAUCAACUUAACAUGCAGAUUGAUUGCUUGCUUAGCAGGAAUAAUUUUUCUGAGAUUUAAAACUGAUCUCUACGGAGACGAUCCUAACAAACCAGUGGUGUGUCCUAUACAUAUCCCAGCCAAGUCGCCGAAUCUUCGCCGCUGCAAACCAACCUUCCCAGGGCGCCCCUGCCCCUUCUUGCCUAGUCUGUGAGCAACUCAGUAUAUGUUGCACCAAACCCGAAAUUGAGAAACGACCCAGAUGAAGGGGCUCCAUCUCCUACUGUGUGCUCUCUGACGGAGGGAAGUGAGACGAUAAGGGUGCUCGCAUUUUGGGUGGCUGUGAAGGAGCUGGAGAAGCGGAAUUCUGUCCAUGCAGCCACCCAGAAAUGCAAUUUAUGAUUGUAGUGGUGCACCUCUUCCGGUUCAGAUGCAGCUGUUGUGCCUAUCAGGCUCAGUGCCUUCUUUUCUAGGUGCUAUAAAGCUGACAUGUGUUUUCUUCUUUGAAUAAAGUCAGAUAGUUUAUGCUAUGACCUUGCGUGUGGUUUUCUUGCGACCUAUCAUUGGGUGGUACCCAAAACGAAGACGUACAAGCUUUAGCUUCUCUUAGAAAUUUUGUUCAAAAGGCUCUCUCCAAAUAUUUCAGUGCUAACCAGCUCCGUGCUGCCUAUUACGGCGAUUCGGGUGGCUAUUCCCUCCCCGCUGCCACCAUAUUCUUCUCCUUCCUAGCUUCCCUCGGCAUCCCCGGGCGACGCCGCUACACAAAGUGGCGGACGGCGGUCACGGGAACCGUAUCUCCGUGUGCUCUCGGUACGUCCAUGAGUGGGUGGAAGCCCUAAACUGUUCUCGAGAUGUGCCCUCCCUCUUGUCUAGCCCAGAGUUUGCGAGAACUAUUACAGUGAGCCCUCCUAGGGUGAACAAAAAGAUGAACUGUUACAGUGAGCCCUCCGCACCCGAAUAUAUUGCUCAAAAGGCUCUUUCCGAAUAUUAUAGAGAUUCGGGUGGUGAUUCCCUCUCCGCCGCCAGCACCCUCCUCCCCUUCCUUAGCCGGUCGACGCCGCUGGCCAAUGCGGCAGACAGUCACAUAAAGUAUCUUCUUCUCGGGUGACACAGACAAAGGUGCUCUCGUCACGUCCUUAAUAUUUUUUUAGAUGAACUGCCCCACUUUAUUAAGCAAUAAUGUUCGAAACUGAACUAAGAAUCGGCACAAUUUCUGGGGGAUUUCACAGCCACAGGUGACGCCCCAGAUCGAGAGAUGUAGCUGCACGGGCUAGAUUGUGAGCUUCUACUGUAUAUUGCCUUCGUUCAUGCAUGAAACGAACAGCAGCUAACCUGAGUGAAUACUCAUUGAUCUCUCGAAUAACAGAUGUGUUAGAACCUCCAGAAGCAUCUGCUAGAUCUCUAAUAAAUCCUUGACAGUCCGAGGUAAUACCGACCUGACACAAAUCAAAGUCCUCGGCCAGAGCUAGAGCCUCCCUACAAGCCAAAGUUUCAAGAACAUUUGGGUCUGAAAUGUUCAGGAAAAACUGUCCCUGUUGCACCCAUGAAUAUGGCUUCUUGGUUUUGACUGAUAGCACCAACCGCGCCUUGAUUGCUUGUAGGAGACAUAGCUCCAUCAAUGGUGAUCUUGGAGAAGCCAGAAGGUGGAGCCAGCCAGCUCCCCGACCCUCUUGCCACCGGUUGAGCGGGUUUCAAACUACAGGCUUCACAAGUUGUUGGAGAUCAGAGAUUUAUCUCCUAUAAAUAAAUGAGUAGAUAGCGGACUCGCUUUCAAAAAAAGAGUAGAUAUCGGACUCUGAAAGUUUUGCUCAUGAAUAGCUUUGCAUCGGGCUGUCCCAAUUGGCCAAAUUGUGACCAGUACCUUGGUAAAAUCUGAAUGAGAUAGCGCUUCCAUUGGAGAAAAAAUCCACUGUUUCGCCGAAGGUUCCAUGGAAUGAAAUAAGUGCUCCACUAGUUCCUCAUCACAUAAUGCCCAAACGCUUCUUGCCAUAACACAUUCCAACAAAGAGUGCUUCCAAGAAUCAACAGCUCCACACAAGGUGUACCUCGAUGUUGUAGCCAUACUACGAUGACGGAGAAGAUCAGCUGUCGGUAGAGAUUGUUUUGCCAAACACCAUAAGAAAACUUUCAGUUUAGAGGGAACCUGCACCUUCCUCAUCUUCGUCCAACACUUACACUCGACUUCUGAAUUGGAGCCACCUGACGACCCACUCAACCAAGCCUCCCGCUGCUGUUCAUUAUCAACUAGCAUCCUAUAAACCAGCCUGACUGAGAAUUGUCCUCUCUUCUCAUAAUACCAAGACCAAAAAUCUGGUAGAGCCCCAUUGCAUAGUGGUAUUCCUUUGAUAACCGCAGCAUCAAAAGGCAAGAAACACUGGCGAUCUUCUCUGAAUUCCAUCUCUUCAUAGGUGCAUUAAUAAGCUCCGCCACAAGCUGUGGAGGUUCAUUAGACAAACAAGUCAGAGGCCGAAGCAUAUGGUCUCUAGGCAACCAAUUAUCAGUCCAGAUGUUUGUAGUGGCCUAGAACAUCCUUCUUACUAGUCCCUGCACUAGAACAUCCUUCCCUUCCAUCAACGCUCUCCAAAUCUACGAUAGACGGGGACCUAGUUGGGCUGACAGAAACGAGGAUGUAGGGAAAUAUACAGCUUUUAAAACUCGACCACUCAAUGUGGAGGGUUCCUGCAAUAUGCGCCAUCACUAACGAGCUAACAAAGCCAAAUUAAACAGCACUUUGGUUUAGUCAUUUCUUCCCAGGAUACUAGGUUUCCUUUCUCCUUGCUUACUUCCCCACCAAAAUUGUCUGAUCAGCGAAUUAAUAUGAAGACAAAGACGCCGGGGAAGCUUAAAACAAGCCAUGGAAAAUACCAAUAUAUUUUAUGAGUACCUCUUUGCCACCUACAGUACCUUUUCCAUCCAACCCUUAAUUUUAGACCAAACACGGUCCUUCAGAUAUUUAAAAGCUCCAUUUUCUGAAUUCCCCACAUCGGAUGGCAUACCAAGAUAUUUAUCUGAAAGUGUUUCAUUUGUGACUUGCAACUUUGUUUUUAUCUCAUCUCUACUAUUCUGAGAGCACUUUUUACUAAAAUAUAUUGAUGACUUGUCACCAUUGAUACGCUGACCUGAUGCUUGACAAUAAGCCUCCAAAGAACUCGCAACUUUUAUAAUACCCUCACUUGUAGCCGAUGGAGCCACUUUAAUGGCGCUAAGCACUGAUGAGUGACUUCAAUGGUUUAGGAGGCACGAAAGACCCGCUGCCAACAAAAACAAGUAAGGUGAUAUGGGGUCUCCUUGAUGGAUCCCACGAGUAAGGUCACGUCCUUAAAUGGACCAGAAGUCCUAACCCGUGCUCGAUAUGUGUGGCCUGUGGAUGCACCCAUCGGGCUGUUGGAUGUUUGUCGACCUUGGGGGUAGUGGUCGUGGCCAAGGCGCUUUGGUUGUCUCUUUCCCUCCCGUGGGCCGCAGCUCUUCUACCACAGAAGCCCAUCCAAGCCUAGAUUCAGCGAUGCAGGGUGAGGAUCGUCGGCGAGGGAUGGUCCUGGCUAAAUCCGACGGAUGACAUGGGGCUUGAUGUCGUUCUAGGGUCACUCGGUUCGGAGGGUGAAGCCUUUUCAUUCUUGCUCCGGCAGAAGGUGAAUAUAUUGCUCAAGAGGUUCUCUCCAAAGAUUACAACAAUUUGGGUGGCGAUUCCUCUUCGCCGCUAGUAUCAUGUCCUCCCCUGGCUGGUCCACGCCGCUAGGCAAGGUGCCAGACGGGCAGACGGUCACGGAACCGUAUUUUCGUCUAGAGUGGCAAGACAAAGGUGCUCUUGUCACGUCCUUGAGUGGACUUGAAGCCCAAACCCGUGCUUGAGAUGCGCGGCCUUGGCCCAUGGAUGCGCCCGUUGAGUUGUUGGAUGUUUGUAGACCUUAAGGGUAGUGGUCAUGGCCAAGGGGCUGCGGUUGUUUCCUUCUCUCCCGUGGGCCGCUGCUCUUCUGCCGCAGAAGCCUGCCCAAGCCCAGAUUCAGCCGAUGUGGGCCGAGGGUCAUCGGUAAGGGAUGGUGCUGGUUAGAUCCGACUGAUGACAUGGGGAUGAUGUCGUUCUAGGGUUACUCGGUUCGGAAGGUGAAGCCUUUUCGUUCUUGUUCUGCGAGGGGUGGGUCGCGUUUUCAGAGUGUUUUGGACAAACCCUGGCAUAUCCGGCCUGCCAAACAAGGCCUGAGGGGGUUGGUAAGGGGAAAAGGGCGCUGGAUCCGGAGCCGAAAGGUUCACAAAUGAGGGGGUUGGUCAGGGAAAAGGGCAGUGACGAAGCUUUGCCACCGUUUGCCAUCCAGCGGCCUCCUCCGGAGGGGGUGAGGGAGUUGAACGGUGGUGGUGGAUGUCUGGGGUGGCUGCUGGCUUCCGGAGCUAUGUGGAGUGGCUCGUGAGCCCCCUAGGGUUCUCUUAGGUUGAUAUGUUUUUGACUUGAUGAUACAUGGUUUUCUGUUCUACAUUUGCGGUUAGUGAAAAGAUUGUCGGUUUAGCUUGAGUGGGUAGCUAUUUUAUGUCAGCUCAAUGGCUAUAGUUGUGCUUUAUUUGUAGAUACAACAAGAACAACAACAACCAUUAUUUAGUACCAUGCUGAAGGCAUUUGAUAUUUCGAUCGGCUAAAGUUAUGAUGAGUUAAUAGUAGGUACUGCAGGUCCUCAGGUCAGCUAGAACAUUUUUUAAUGAUAAUUGUUUUUGCUUGCGAAACUUUUAUGGUUCUGAAUUGUUCUACAGGCUGCAACUAUGAGCUAAAAAUGGUGAAGGUGAAACAUUUUACACAUAAUGGGUGAUGAAACUUUAACAUUGAGGUCAACCUGUGAUUCUAUUCCCUUUUUGACUUGAUAUUCGAUCAUGCAUGUUGUCAAGCUUAAGUUUCAUAGUUAUAUUUGUCAUGUCUCAUUAAAGGUAAAUAUAGUAUUCUGUUGUUUCUCUAUGCAAGUUUCGGUUGUUCUUGGUAGCUGAGUCUGUUCUCUGUACCUUGUUAGGUGUAAUCUAUCCAGCUAGGUGCUUGGACUGUAAUACAUACCUACCUUCAAGUGUAUUCUGCACUAUCAACAAGGAGCGUGCUGAUGCUUCUUUGUCAAAAGGUCAGCGGUAGCUGGUAAGGAAGUUUUCUCUGCUCACCUGGACAGUCUUGCCAUCCAUUGCUGCGGUUAGUAACUGAUGUUGCACAUUUGUACACUAUAUAGGGAACUAAAAGCUAUUGAAACUGAAUUAUCGGUAAAUUUUACUAGUAUAAACAAAAAGGGUGUACCCAGUGCGGAAAGCUCCCACGCAUUGUGCGGUCUGGGGAAGGGUAUUUCUAGGCAGUCAUUCCCUUGCUUUAUUAUUAUUAUGCAAGGAGGCUGAUUCGAACCCAGGACCUCCCGGACACAAGUGGAGAUACUCUACCAUGUCCGCCCUUCUUUGACAGGUAUACACAGUUUGCCUUUAUUCGAUUCGAUUUUAGUAGGCUACAUUUUAUCCUGAAUUAUGUUGCCUAAAGCGAUACCCUUGCACUACAAUGGCGUAAACAACAUAGCAAUGCAGACCUGGACACUUCCAUGGAAGCAUGAAGGUUGCUGCUGUCGAGUCUAAAAAUGUAUUUAUUUAUAACCCGUUUUCUUUUGGUAAUUUUGUUGGAGUCACUAGUAAGAAAUAAAGAGCCUGAAAAUAAGCUUUAGAUGAAAAUUUUCUCAUGGCAGCUGAUUAGGAUUAGGUUUCAACAGCAGACCAAGUGUACGAGGGCAAUGGUCUGGUGAUAGGAAGUUCUUGCGUUGUUGGGAGAUUGAUUUGCAAGAACAUCGAUUCUUAUCAUGCAUUAGGUCUUGAUACUAACGGAAUUGCUGUCCAGAGUUGCUAGGCUGGGCGUGGAGUCCAUCUCUGAAAUUCUGGUACUGGUACUUUCCAGAAGGCGUUGUCUGAUAUGUUUGCAGGUUGCUGUGGCUGUCUUUGCAGCUUUUAUCAUGAAUAUCAUGGCAAUCUGGUUUUGAACAUAUAACCUCAUUUCACAUCCAUCAGAUGAUUGGUAUGUGCAAAAUGCUCUUCUGCCGGUAGGAGUGCUGCCCAUUGAUGCAGGAGCGGCGAAUGGAAAUUGUGAAGCUUCAAAAUCAGAUUACCAGAUCCUGCCGUCUCCAAAGUAAACCUCAUAGAAAACCAGGUAGCGCAUGGGCUAGUUAGGUUAGGGCUUAAUGUAUCAAGUGUGUUUGAGUUGAUUUCGUAACCAUCCUGCGCAAUGACUUUUGCCAACCAAUAUUGUAACAGAGCGACCUGCUCGCGUUCCUGACUCAGAUACAGCAGCAGUUGCAAGACA